CGAAGACUAAACAAAAAUUACUCAGGUAUAAACAAUGGCUUAAAUUAUCAUCGCACGUAAAUUUACCUCGACACAUCAGUUAACUAAAAUAUAAAUUUAAAUAAUUGGUACAUCAUGUACAUUAUUUUGGCUGUCAUCCAGCUUCGCUUGUCUCCAUCAAAAGUUCUGGUAAAAAUUUAAAUAAAAUUUUCAAAAAUAUAUAGAAAUACUCAAGUUUUAAAAUGACGGCAUGUUGUCGUUACUCCGAUCUCAAAAGUUCUGUUUACAAUCAAAAAGGAGAAGGUUACUUCGAACAAUUGUCGGCUUACAAUCAUAUGUCCGCACAUUUACGUCGUGUACUUUUAGCUAAAAGUAGAGUCGAUAGUAAAAAUAAUAAUUAUUUAUCAAAAAAAAGAAGUAUGUCUGCGGGUAGAGUCAGAACAGAUAAAACUCCGUCCCAAGAAUUUAUUGAUCGGGUUGCUUAUGAUACUGAACAUCAUCCGCUGGAUGUCUUGAGAAUGGGCCUCAAUAUAACCGAUUACAACAGAUCCCAAGUUAUUGAUUUCCCGAAAACGCGUUUGAAUUCAACCAGGCGACCGAUUGAAAGCGAACGAGGCCGCGUGUGCUCGAGAUCAAGGUCGAGAUACACAUCCGGUUUGUCAUUUCAUUCGGCACGUCCUGGCUCGUUUGCUAAAAAGAAUUUCAAAGCUCGCGAUAAGCAUGACGGGGAAUUAGACGAUGAAAAUAAUGACGAGGAAGAAGAAGAAAUAGAAGUUUGCUAUGGUGGAAAAUGUAAUGAAUACAGCGGUAAUUCAAGUGUACGUUCAUCUCCAAGCAGGUCAGCUAAAAGUAAAGGUGAAAAUGAUCGAGUCGGUUCGGUGUAUGGAUCGAGUUUUGAAUCACCCUCAGAAGGUUCUCGCUCUCGGCGUGAUUCCGCAGCCUCCAAGGACUCGGCUUCGAGCCGCAGUAACGAGAGUUCAUUAAUGAGUACUCGUAAAACCAGAGAGAAUCCUGAUUGUAUGUUCGUUAGCACAUCCGAUGAGACCAAGUACUCGAAAUUUCUGUACGAUAUUACUCAAGAGAUUGUUCAGAACGGUUAUUACAAAGAUGAAGAGCUGAGAAAAGUAUUUCAGAAGCAUAUUAAAAGAAAUUCUAAUACACUUGAUAAGAAUAAAAUGAUGUAUGAAUUAUACCAAUUAAAAUUAUCAUUAAAUAUAAUUGAUCAAGAAGACGAAGAUGAAGAAGAGACAAUUGAAAAAUUUAUAAAAUCUAAAAAAUAUUCAUCAGUAUCGCCAUUGAAACCGCCGACUCCUCCUAAAAUUCUCGACGAAAACAAAGUCACUGAUAAAUUGAUGAAUCCAGAAGAACAGAAAGAAACUUACAGCAAAUCGCCUCACAGCGGCAGGAAUACUGUCGUCCUCGUCGACGCAAAUCCCGAGUUAUUAAUCACCGAGAGAGACGUUCUCGCAACACUCAUGGAGAUGAAUAUUGAUCCCGAUCAAGCGCACAGAGCCUGCAAGCGGCUGCUGAAGAGGAGUAAAGAUUUGCAUGCAUUACAGAUGGUGCACGCAGGGAAAAAGGACACGGGGAUAUCUCCUACUGCUUCAGCGACCAGACCCGAAGGAUCUCGUAGCCAAGUCGCUCACUCCCAUCAUUAUCAUCAGCAGCAGCAUCAGUAUCAGCAUCACCAGCAGCUACAACGGCAGUAUGAUAUUACUUACACUGGAACAUCAAAGAAAGAUUUCAAUAGAAGCAAAAUCCAAUUGUUAACUUGUCCAGACUAUGCUUUGAAGGCCCAUCCUUCCAUGACUCAUCCUCCUCAAUAUUCUUCUGUGAAAAAUACUUUUUAUACAGUACAGAAUGAUUGUAUUCAGAAAAAAACCGUAGAAUGUAUUUGUAACUCAAGACUCAGAGCCAAGUCACCUUGCGAAAUUUUAUCCGGCUACUCGGCUAAAAAAAAACAGGCGGAAAAAAUAGUAACUGAAAAUAAAUUAAAUCGUAGUAAAUGUUACUGUGGUAAAAAAAAAUUGAAGGACAGUAAAAAUAAAAUAGAAUGUGAUAGAAAAAAAUCCGAAGAUAAAAUAAAAGUUGAAAAUAACGAAAUUGAUGAUGAAAUGUCUGGAGAAUCAGAGCUACGAGAAUCGGAGUCGAUAGAAUUAAAUGAAGUGUCGGAAAAAUUAGAAUUAUUUGCAGGAGAAUCAGUCAAUAAAAAAAAAUCCGAGGAAAGUGGGACAGAAGACUCAAGUGCGUCACAAGUAACUCGACUUUCGUUUCCUGCUGUUAGAGAUACAGAGGAGCGAGACGUCACACCCCGACUUUCUCUUGGCAUAAAAAUAAGUCAUACUGAAGAAAUGAAAAGUUCCGUUACUGCUGACGAAUCUACGAGCCGUGAAUUACAAUCGCGAAUAUCAAAUACCGACUUGAGUAUUUUAAGUGAUAAAGACGAUACUGACGAGUCUAUCGCCGAGUUUUAUUCCGACGAUGAUUCUUCCGUAAAGUCCGAGGUCAAAGAUGACGAAAAAGAAGUUGAUGAUGAUAUAAAUCUAGACUCGAAAUUUUUCCACGAUGACUCAGACCACGAAUUUUUGCUGCACAAGGAAGCGCCGGGACCUGAGUCACCAAAAGGCUCUAGAAAAAGACAAUUGUAUCCCUCAGACUCUGAGCAUCAGCCAAAGCGAAUCCACACUCAGGAAAAAAAUAUCACCGCCACAAUCAUACCCAAUUUCCAACCGAAUUGCGCCGCAGUGUGUCCCAAUUUACCCCAAAAAAAAUUACGCGACAUGUUGCUGUGCAACUCCUGCGAGCAGUCUGUAAAAAAAAUGUAUUAUUAACUAGAAAAUAAAUAGUCCUUACAGUUUUAAAAAUUAA